AUGUCUAAAAUAGAUGAACAAUAAAUCAUUAAGAAUACUAAAAGUAUGUAGAAGAUGUAGGAAAUUGCAGAUCGUAUAUAUGCUACUACUGGUGAUUUAACUAAAAGUAUAAAUAUUGCAAUAAUUAGCAAUUAGUUCUGAUAGUAUAUUGAAACCGUCUAAAUUGACAUAAGAAUAGUUAUUAUUGUAAGCAAAAAAGAUUGAAAAUACUUAAGAUAAUAAAUAGAAGAAAGGCAAGGGAUAAUAAUCUACUUCAGCCAAUAAAAGUGAGUUAAAUACUACUGAAUGGUUAAAUAAAUUGCAAGAAAUAUAAUAAUAGCAUAAUGAAGAGAAAAGAAAGUAGAGAGAAGAGCUUAUAGCAAGAUAUGUAUAGAGGGAAAUCGAAUUUAAGAAAACUAUUGAUGAAUUGUAAUAAGAGUUGAGAUCUAGAACUGCGUUGGAUCAAACUGAUAAGAAAAUUAUGGAAAUGAUUUACAAAGAUCAUAGUAAAAUUAUAGAAGGAAUAAAUAAUAUUUAAUUGAGAACUUCUAAAAUUCUUGUUGAUUAAGAAAGAGAUAUUAUUAGAUUUUUUAAUAAUAAAAUAAAUGAAAUAAAGAAACAAUUUUAAGAAGAAAGAGAAAAAAAAGGUUAGAAUGAUAAAGAGUACAUAUUAAAAGAAAAUUAAUUGAUUAGUGAAUUGGAAUGGAUCAAAAGGAUUGCAUAAAAAAUUGAUGAUGAAAAUCAUUAACUAAUGUAAAAAUAUAAGGAAUUGAAGGUUGAAUAUUAAACUUAGGAAAGAGAUAGAGAAAUGUUAAUGAAAGAGUUAAUAAUCAAGAAAAAGGAAAAUGCGAUUCUUAAAUCAUAAAUUUAAUAAUAUGAAAAGUUAUUAAAUGAUGUCUAAAAAGAGGAUGAUUAGGACUCUUAUUAAGAUUAAGUCUUAGAUAAAUCAGGAAUUAAAAAUUAAAAAACUGAAAAAUCUAAAUAAUCAUCCUCAUAAUAGUAAGUAAGGUUUCCAUAAAUAACUAAUUCAUAAGUUACAUAAAGUAUUGAUGAAGUCUAAAAAGCAAAGUAUAAUAUUAUUUAGAAAAUUAGAUAUUAAAAUAUUAUAAAAACAUACUAGGAUACAUUAAAAAAGGAAUAAAAAAGACUAAGAGAUAUUAAAUAACUUUAUAUUAAAGAAUUAUCUGCUAAAACAGAGUUAUAUAAUAUUUUGAGAUAGUGCAUUGAAGAUAUUAAAGAGGAAAUAAUUUAAGUAAGAAGUGAUGAGAGAACUUUGAAACGGAACAAAAAUAAGUAAACAUUUUAUAAUUAGACUUAAGUAAUGAAGAAAUAAAGAUGGAGAAGGAAGAUCGAGAGAAGUUAAUUGAAAAUUUAUUAAAGCAUGAGAGAGUGAUAGAAGUUAUCAGUGAUAAGAUAUUUUAUGAUAAGAAGAACUAUGAUGAAACACUUUUGCAAUAAUAAUAUGAAGAGACAAAUUACAAUGACGAAUAAUAUUGA